AGACCAGAGGAGCUGGGAAUCACACACGCCACAAUUUCAGCCAGUACCACCAGCCCCUCCCAAUCACCCAUCUGGGCAGCCGUCUCAAUGUCUUCGAGCCCAGCCGGUGGUUACAUUUCCUCAGAGGGCGCACACCAAGAGGCAAAGACCGCGAAAGUGUAAAUCGAGGCAGGCAAUUAACAGGCCCACUCCGAAGCAGAGGGAGAUAAGCCCUGAGAAGAUCAAGUGCACAGCAGAGGGGCAGGAGGAACAGAGGGAGUCAGGGAGGCUGCAAAGUUUACCUGUCACCACAUCAACAGCUAUCACACUACUGGGCUGGCAGCUCCACUCCACCUUGUUGGACUUUAACCUACCUGUUGCUGGCAUCGGCUGA